UUCUCACUUGCACAGCCCGUAUGGCAAACAUGCUGCUCCUUACAGGCACCUCUACCGUUCGCCCAAGACCAGUCCAGUAUAUUCUCGCGCCGCUUGGCCAAAUUCUCCAUCAAUGUGUACACCAAACUAGUCGCGCAGAACUCCAAUCAAAACAUCAUCUUCUCACCCUUCUCAAUCCAAACCUGUGCAGCUAUGGCGCGCAUGGGUGCCAAAGGUAAAACAGCUACUCAAUUGGAUCGCGGUCUUGAGCUGAUUUCCAAGAAUGAAGCACAGAUUGCCGAGAGUUUCCACAAAGUACUCGCUACAUACGAAACAAGUAUGAACGUUACAGUCGAGUGUGCUCGACUGUGAGAUACCCGCUACCCAUUUUU